AUGGUGAACUUCAACCUCUCCACCACCGUCCUGCUCCCGGCGCUAAUCGCCGUCGGGGCGACGACUACAAUGGUCUUCAGCGCCAACAACGGCAUGUUCGACGCAAUCACCGACAUCGUCGAGGACCCGACCAUCACCAUCAUGCCCGGCACUGCCGACGUGCCUCUGACCCGCGAAUGGACCGGCAUCGCCGCGCUCGACCGCCAAUUCACCGUGCUCCUCAUCUUCUUCUGGCAGCUGCUCGACGGCCGCCACCCCGCCGGCUCCCUGCACGCAAUCCACUUCUUUGGCCAGGUGGGCGCCUACUGGACCCUCAUGCAGCUGGAAGCGAAGCGCGAAGGCAACAAGCGGCGCGUCAUCGCAUACACCACCCUCAUCGGCCUCCUCUACCAAAACAUCUCCGUCGCCAUCACCAUCCCGCUCUGGUCCCUCCUCCACCUGCUCACCCUGCCCAAGCGCACCAACUCCGCCGCCCUGACCGCCAGCCUCACCCUCCCCGCCUCCGAAGCCCGCAUGCUGCCCUGGGCCAUGGCCCUCGGCUACAUCGUCCCGUCCCUCGCCAUGUCCCUGCCCUCUCCCGCCCUCACCACGCCCCUCGUCCAGCAAUGGCUCGCGUCCGCCUGGCAAGUCUUCCCGCUCUGGAUCUACCUCGCGCAGACGGUCAUCCUGCGCCCAUUCUUCACCUCCCGCACCCCCACCCCAUCCUCCCCGGCCGCCGCCGCAACAUCCUCCUACCACGCUGCCAGCUCCACCCACCUCUUCGCCCUCCUCUUCGCCGCCAUCCCCCACGCCACCACCCUCACCCUCUCCCUCUCCACCCUCGCUUUCCCCUCCCUCUUCUCCCCCACGACCGCCGCGGCGCUGCACCCGGCCGCAGUGUUUCUCCCGAAACUCUCGCCAGCCGGCACGACGGGCGUCAGCCUGGCGGAAGGCACGACGCGGCUCAUGCAAUGGGACGAGCUGGUCAGCAGCGUGGCGAGCGUCGUGUGGGCGGCGACGCUGUACCUGCGGGAUACGCGGACGAAAGGGGGGAAGCGGUACGGGGUCGUCGGGGUCGUGCUGAGGGCGGUGGGGUGGAGUGUUGUGGGUGGGCCGGCGGCGGCGGCGGUGGGGUUGGUUUGGGCGAGGGAUGAGGGGGUGCUUGGGUGGGAGGGGGUUGGAGGGAAGAAUUUGUGA